GGCGCGUGCGAGCCCCGAACCCGGGAGCGGCGCGUGCGAGCCCCGAACCCGGGAGCGGCGCGUGCGAGCCCCGGGCGGGGAGGCGAGCGGCGCGUGCGAGCCCCGGGGCUGCGGGCGCUCCAUGCCCCCGGCCGCUCCCUGAGCCCCCGCCGCCCAGUCGCUCGCCCCGCAGCCCGGCCGGGCCGAGCCCCGCCGCCGGCAUGUUGGACCCGUCGUCCAGCGAGGAGGAGUCGGAGGAGCUGGUGGAGGAGGAGAGCAGCAAGGAGGUGCUGGCCCCGGCCCCCGCCGGGGCUCGCCUCUCGCCCAGCCGCACCAGCGAGAGCUCCGGGCCGGGGGCCGGGCUGCAGCCCGGCGGCCGGGCCGGCGGCGGCGGGGCGGGCGGCGGCAGCGUCCGGCCUUCCAGCCCCAGCCCGUCGGUGGUGAGCGAGAAGGAGAAGGAAGAGCUCGAGCGGCUGCAGAAGGAGGAGGAGGAGAGGAAGCGGCGGCUGCAGCUCUACGUCUUCGUGAUGCGCUGCAUCGCCUACCCCUUCAACGCCAAGCAGCCCACCGACAUGGCCCGCCGGCAGCAGAAGAUAAGCAAGCAGCAGCUCCAGAUAGUCAAGGAUCGAUUCCAAGCAUUUCUCAAUGGAGAAACGCAGAUUGUGGCUGAUGAAGCUUUCAUUAAUGCAGUCCAAAGUUAUUUCGAGGUGUUUCUGAAAAGUGAUCGUGUGGCCCGGAUGGUGCAGAGCGGGGGUUGCUCUGCAAAUGACUCCCGAGAAGUCUUCAAGAAGCACAUUGAGAAGAGGGUGCGCAGCCUGCCCGAGAUCGACGGCCUCAGCAAGGAAACGGUCCUCAGCUCUUGGAUGGCAAAAUUCGAUGCUAUUUACCGUGGCGAAGAGGAUCCGCGCAAACAGCAGGCCAGGAUGACUGCCAGUGCUGCCUCGGAGCUGAUCCUCAGCAAGGAACAGCUGUACGAAAUGUUCCAGAACAUCUUGGGAAUCAAGAAGUUUGAGCAUCAGCUGCUGUACAAUGCGUGUCAGCUGGAUAAUCCAGACGAGCAAGCUGCGCAGAUCAGACGAGAGUUAGACGGACGCCUUCAAAUGGCAGAUCAAAUUGCCAAGGAGCGUAAAUUUCCGAAAUUUGUAUCCAAAGAAAUGGAAAACAUGUUUAUCGAGGAGCUGAAGUCUUCUGUCAACCUGCUGAUGGCAAACUUGGAAAGCAUGCCAGUGUCCAAAGGCGGCUCGGAGUUCAAGUUACAGAAGCUAAAACGCAGCCACAACACCUCAAUCAUUGACCUGGGAGAAGAAAAUGAAAACCAGCUUUCAAAGUCCGAUGUGGUGCUGUCUUUCUCCUUGGAGGUCGUCAUAAUGGAAGUGCAGGGUCUAAAAUCCUUAGCUCCAAACCGCAUCGUUUAUUGCACUAUGGAAGUAGAAGGUGGAGAGAAACUGCAGACUGACCAGGCAGAAGCUUCGAAACCAACCUGGGGCACUCAAGGUGACUUUACCACAACGCACGCACUUCCCGCAGUGAAGGUGAAGCUGUUUACAGAGAGCACCGGAGUGCUGGCUUUAGAGGACAAAGAACUUGGGCGGGUGGUUCUUCACCCUACUCCGAAUAGCCCAAAACAAUCAGAGUGGCACAAAAUGACUGUUUCCAAAAACUGCUCAGAUCAAGAUCUAAAGAUCAAACUUGCAGUCCGAAUGGAUAAACCUCAAAACAUGAAGCAUUCUGGAUACUUAUGGGCCAUUGGUAAAAACGUUUGGAAGAGAUGGAAGAAACGGUUCUUUGUGCUGGUCCAGGUUAGUCAAUAUACGUUUGCUAUGUGCAGUUACCGGGAGAAAAAGGCUGAGCCCCAAGAACUACUGCAACUUGACGGAUACACAGUGGACUACACUGACCCACAGCCAGGUUUGGAGGGUGGCAGAACAUUUUUCAAUGCAGUGAAAGAAGGAGACACAGUGAUUUUCGCAAGUGAUGAUGAACAGGACCGUAUCCUGUGGGUUCAAGCCAUGUACCGAGCCACCGGCCAGUCCCACAAACCUGUGCCACCGACCCAAGUUCAAAAGCUUAAUGCUAAGGGAGGAAAUGUUCCCCAGCUAGAUGCCCCAAUCUCUCAAUUUUCUGGACUCAAGGAUGCAGAUAGAGCUCAAAAGCAUGGCAUGGAUGAAUUUAUCUCUUCCAACCCCUGUAACUUUGACCACGCUUCACUCUUUGAGAUGGUUCAGCGCCUCACUUUGGACCACAGACUUAAUGAUUCGUAUUCUUGUCUGGGCUGGUUCAGUCCUGGCCAGGUAUUUGUGCUAGAUGAGUAUUGUGCACGUAAUGGAGUCAGAGGCUGUCACAGACAUCUCUGCUACCUCAAAGAUUUACUAGAACGAGCAGAAAACGGAGCUAUGAUUGACCCCACCUUGCUUCACUACAGCUUUGCCUUUUGUGCAUCGCAUGUUCAUGGCAACAGUCAACAAAUGACAGAGUUACUUGGUGGGUCACAAGCAAAUGCAGACUGCGAGGGGGGCAAAAUGUUUAAUCCCUCUGCCACUGAAGUGGAGACAAAAAAGGAUUCCAAAAAGGAGUCCAAAAAAAGGAAAGAUUCCAAAUCGCAGCCGAAUCCAGAGCCAAAAAGGCCUGAUGGAAUAGGAACUGUAACUGUAGAAGAGAAAGAACGUUUUGAAGAAAUCAAGGAGCAGCUUCGCUUGCUUCUGGAGAAUCAGAUCACCCAUUUUAGGUAUUGCUUUCCAUUUGGCCGACCCGAAGGUGCGUUGAAAGCUACUCUAUCCCUACUGGAAAGGGUUCUGAUGAAAGACAUAGUUACUCCUGUCCCUCAAGAGGAGGUAAAAACAGUCAUCCGUAAAUGCUUGGAGCAAGCUGCUUUAGUCAACUAUACUAGACUAUCAGAGUAUGCCAAAAUUGAAGGGAAAAAGAGAGAAAUGUAUGAGCAUCCUGUCUUCUGCUUGGCCUCUCAAGUGAUGGAUUUAACCAUUCAGAAUCAAAAGGAUGCAGAAAAUGUAGGCCGGUUAGUCACUCCUGCCAAAAAGCUAGAAGAUACUAUACGCCUGGCAGAACUGGUAAUUGAAGUUCUACAGCAGAAUGAAGAACACCAUGCAGAGGGGAAAGAGGCCUUUGCGUGGUGGUCAGACUUAAUGGUUGAACAUGCAGAAACCUUCCUGUCAUUGUUUGCGGUGGAUAUGGAUGCUGCAUUAGAGGUGCAACCCCCAGACACGUGGGACAGCUUUCCACUGUUUCAGCUGCUAAAUGAUUUCCUCCGUGCUGACUAUAAUUUGUGCAAUGGAAAAUUCCACAAACACCUUCAAGACCUGUUUGCUCCACUUGUUGUUAGAUAUGUCGAUCUGAUGGAGUCCUCAAUUGCACAAUCAAUUCACAGGGGCUUUGAGCGGGAAUCAUGGGAGCCAGUAAAGAGUUUAACAAGUAAUCUGCCCAAUGUGAAUCUACCAAAUGUGAAUCUCCCUAAAGUACCAAAUCUACCAGUUAACAUCCCACUAGGCAUCCCACAAAUGCCUAGCUUUUCUGCACCGUCAUGGAUGGCUGCUAUAUAUGAUUCUGACAAUGGAUCAGGAACCUCUGAAGAUCUGUUUUGGAAACUUGAUGCCCUGCAGACCUUCAUUCGGGAUUUACAUUGGCCCGAGGAAGAAUUUGGAAAGCACCUAGAACAGCGUCUAAAACUUAUGGCAAGUGACAUGAUCGAGUCUUGUGUUAAGAGAACCAGGAUUGCAUUUGAAGUAAAGCUGCAAAAAACCAGUCGAUCAACAGAUUUCCGAGUCCCCCAGUCAAUAUGCACCAUGUUUAAUGUUAUGGUUGACGCCAAAGCUCAAUCAACAAAACUUUGCAGUAUGGAAAUGGGCCAAGAGGUAAAAAAGCAAAUUAUUUUUUAUAUAAUUGAGAGAAAACUUAAUGAAUUUUCCCAUCUCCUACUCUGCUAGUUUCAGAAACAUUCUAACAAUUCGGGAUUUUAGCCUUCCGUAUAGAGUAUGCCAAUGAAUAUUCAGGGUCUCUCCAUCAAAUAAAUCUAAUGGAUAUGGACAUUCAGAAUUCCAGUCGUUUAGUUGUGAUGCUUGGCAAGGAUUGUGGUGUGUGUAAGGCACCUUUAAAGCCUGCUGAUGCAUGAUGAAUAUGUUUAUUGAGUCAUUAACACCACCUUGGAGCCAGAGGUAUCGUUGCCAAAAAGCUGGAUAUUUACAUGUAGUCACCCAAUUUAUAAGCUCUGACUAUUUUCAGUAGACAAACAGGAAGUAAACAAAAGUAUUAAACUGUUUGUUUUGUUAAAAAGACAACUUCCUAAAAUAUAUUUGAAUUCCACCUGAUUUGACUUCCUUGAAUAUUGGCUGAAAUCAGCAAAUUUUAUGAUCCCAAUUGUCCAGGUUCUUAAUGACUCAAGGUUUCAAAAACAAUCCAGUUUUGAUCCCUUGCUGAUCAAUUUUGUUCCUUGUAGAGACAUUGUUGCAGCUUGAAAAUUCUGUAUUUAAUAUUCAAAGUAGAAAGACACGCUAAAUUGGGCUAGAUUAAAUGCAUCAUCAUGAUCAUUGUGCUCCAAUGGCUUUAAGCCAAGUUAUAUAUUCAUAUGCCAAGCUCGAAUCAAUUCAGAACUAUUGCUUGGAUCUCCUAUCUUGUUGCCAAUGGGUGUCUCCUAGAUAAGAUCUUCCACUACAGCUUUACAUGUUUGGAAUUUAUAAUAAAUCAUUGCAAGUUAUUUGUUCUUUUUAAUUAUUUAUCUCACUCUGGUCUAUAAUCCUCUUUAAGGGUCUGACCCAAAGCUCAUUCGAGUCAGUGGGAGUUUGACUUUGGGUCAGGCCCAUUGUCCUUUAUUUUUUUAUGUUUUCAGUUGUAACAUUUUGUUUGUGACCGUCUCUUUCGGGGGAAGAGGAGUUUCAAGCUUUUGAUUGUUGAGUUUCUUUCCUCAGCCACCUAUCCAAUUUAGGGCACGUACUAAAUGGACUCUCGUCAGCCCAAGGCAUGACUAUUAGGCUGGUUGGUGGAAUCACAACAUUUCCGCUCCCCGGUUGUUUCUCCAUUCUUGCCCUCCAUCUCCUCUUUUAUCCCCCAGUUCUUCAACCCCACAACAGCCAUGUUGUCUGCUUCCUAUCAGCCAGGAGGGUGAGCAUUGCCAUGCUAAUACCUUCAUCUACUCUUCGAUACACUGCAAAUCAAGCACUAAACCUUAGUGAAUUAAAUUAGUGGGAGGAGUGACAUUUCUGAGCUCAGGCAGACUCCCACAGUACGUGGGAUACUACAGGGCCAGCUAGUUAUGUUAAUAAAAAUGGUCAAGUCUGUUACCCAGUAACACGAGGAUCUGAUAGCAUUGGCUAAAUCCAGAAGUAGUGCUGGCGGGAGUUGUGUAUAUUUCCUCAGACAUCCUUCAAUACGGCAGUUUCCUUUGAACUAUAUGUGUCAGUGCAUGAUGGAGGCCACCAGACCCAUUUUGCAUUUGGCCUGAGACAAAUCUAAGAUCUUCAGAGAUCAAAGCCCUGCAUUCAACCCACUUAGCCACUCAGCUAUUCUCUGUUGCGUCAAGAGCAAGCGUAAGUCUCUGGAAAUCUUUGUGUGCUUCUUUAAGAAGGUAUUUGGUAUAGUAGCUUGGAGAUAACAUAACGAUGGUGUGAAACAGCAGUUGCUGUGCUAGGAUGUUUUUAACAAAUAGCUGCACUAAUAGACCUGUAAAUCAGAUGUAAAUUAUCAGCGCAUACGUUACUGUUUAGGACGGCAGUACUCAUACACCCUUCUUGAGCUUUGCUUCUUUUUAAUGAAUGUUCCUACCCUCACCUUGACCUUCUCUGCUCACACCACUCCAUUUUGGGAGCUACCUCCCCUCCUCUUGAAGUUGGGUGAACCUCUGGGUUGAACCAUUUAUAUUUGGAGGAUGAAAAGGUUGAUAAAGAUUAAAAUAUGAGAAAGAGAGAGUGUGUGUGUGUUUGUAAUUGUUGUAUCCAGAAAUGCUACUCCAGCUAUUCCAUUCCAAUUCUAAGCUAAACUUAGAGACUGUCAUCAAAUAGACUAAAAGCAUGUAACCCCCAAAUCAGAAACCAGAUAUCAAUUUGACCUCCUCACACCCUGUUAUAACUAACUGUGGGUGAAGUUCACCCCAAUGCAUAUGGCCAUAUAAGGUUUCUGCAUCACUUAAGUCUUUCUUAACUCCUUAAAAAUAGGGCUUUAAGUGGUUCAAAGGUUUUGUGCUGAACUCCUGCACAGAGGUGAAUUUCUGUCCAUGAACAGCUCAUGAAUAAUCUUCAGGUUCAAUGUUCACCCAACAACAACUAGCAAACAAGUUCAUACAAAUUGUGAUCUAUUGGCAGGUUGUUCAUGAACAAAAAAAGGGGUAAAAUUGUCAAAUUAAUUGUUCAAAUGUCAUAGCUUUCCCAGCUCUAGUCAAAGUAGACACUGCUUGGAAACAUACCAUCAAUUUUUAUCACAGUGAAAGCCACACACUAGGACAGACCAACUCUUUUGACUAUGUUUUGACCUAACUUUUAGCAUUUUUACCUACAAGCCCUUUCU